AUGGCUGCCACAAAACAUAGCAUUGCAGAAGAUGAGUCUUCGCGCCCCAGCAAGAAGCCCAAGGUCUACAAUGGUGACGACGUGUCCGAAUCCAACAUGAAGAGGAGGAACGAGAAGAAGGACAAGGGCAAGAAAGAAAAAAAGCACAAGAAGCGCAAGUCUGAAAAUUCCGACGCCACAAGCCACGACUUAACCGAAAGCGAUCGCGAAAGCCAACGCAAGGCUGAGAAGAAGGCCAAGAAGAAGGAGAAGAAGGAGCGCAAGCAGAAAGAGGCACAGGAACUGCAAGAGACUACUCCAACAAAAACGCCUGUUGGGGAUCCAAGCAAGGCUAAGAGUCACAAGACAGCUUCAAAUACGGAAGGGGCUGCCGACCCCGGGUCAUAUGUGCAAACAAUUAGUCUGUCCAACGUUCCCCAGGUCGACAUCGAUGCCUUCAUGUCUACGAACCAGAUUACCAUUACGGAUCCUCGGAGGGAGACAUCAGACCUUCGCCCCGUCACGGAGUUCCACCACCUCCCUUCGACCAACUUGCUCGAGAAAAGUCCGUCGCCUUUUGCCAAAUUCAAGACGCCCACUCCCAUUCAGGCUGCGUCAUGGCCCUCUACGCUUUCCGGCAGAGACGUCGUCGGUGUUGCAGAGACAGGCUCAGGCAAGACAAUGGCUUUUGCUCUGCCUUGCGUUGAGUCCGUCUCAGCCAUGGGCAGAAAGGGAACCAAGGCAGUCGUUGUCUCGCCCACACGUGAGCUAGCAAUGCAGACACAUGCGCAGCUCGCUUCGUUGGCCGCGUUGGCCGCGUUGAAGUGCGUCUGCUUGUAUGGAGGCUCAUCCAAGGACGAACAACGGGCAACGGUCAACCGAGGCGCCGACAUUAUUGUGGCCACUCCUGGCCGGUUGAGGGACUUCAUGUCCGACGGCACUGUCGAUUUGAGUUGCUGUCAAUUUGCCGUUCUCGACGAGGCUGAUCGCAUGCUCGACAAAGGUUUCGAGGACGACAUCAGGCACAUUUUGGGUGCUUGUGCCGGCCGAGAGAGGAGGCAGACUCUUAUGUUCACUGCCACUUGGCCACAGUCCGUUCAAGCCCUGGCUUCCACCUUUAUGGUUGACCCUGUCAAGAUCACUAUUGGUUCAGGUGGCAAAGAGACCGAGAAUGGCUCCGUUGAACUGCAAGCCAACAGCCGGAUCACUCAAAGGGUUGAGGUGGUUGACCCAAAGGACAAGGAGUUUCGGCUGCUACAGAUUUUGAAACAACAUCAGCAGGGCAGGCACAAGAACGACCGCAUCCUCGUCUUUUGCCUGUACAAAAAGGAGGCCACCCGCGUGGAAAAUCUCCUCAGCCGCAAGGGCGUUCGCGUUGGCGGCAUACACGGCGACUUGAAGCAAGAGCAGCGAACGCGCAGCCUGGAAGCCUUCAAGUCGGGCGAGACUCCCGUGCUUGUCGCGACCGACGUCGCUGCGCGCGGGUUGGAUAUUCCCGAGGUCAAGCUAGUAAUCAACGUUACUUUCCCCUUGACCAUUGAGGACUAUGUCCACCGAAUUGGUCGUACCGGCCGUGCGGGAAACACUGGCGAGGCUCACACGUUAUUUACAGUGCAGGACAAGGCGCACUCGGGCUCCUUGGUCAAUAUUCUCAGGGGCGCUAAUCAGUCCGUCCCCGAAGAACUCCUCAAGUUUGGCACGACUGUGAAGAAAAAGCCCCACGACAUGUACGGGUCAUUCUUCAAGGAAGUAGACAUGACGCAAAAGGCGACAAAAAUUACCUUUGACUAA